AUGACAUCUCCCGAAGAGACCGUAAAGCUUGCCGACGAGAUCCGACAAAGGCAGGCAGCCGAUCUCCACUUUCCCACUUUUGCGACACGCGGUUUCGGUCGUCGAGACCGGCCAGCUUUGCGGACAACCACCUCUCAGGGCAAUGAUGGUGCCACGGAGGAGGCUCAUCCAGAGCAUGCCGCAUCUGACCUUCGCCACAUCGACAGGGACGAUGACGCCGACAGUUCACGAGCGGGAGAUGGCGGACGUACACAACAGGAUACGGAGGGCGUGACGAUGCCCGAUGAUGAUGACGAGGAAGCGGGAAAUCUCGAGAUGGACUAUGCACCCGCCGAGUCAGCCCAGGAGCCUUCCGACAAAGACAAGAAAGCUGACGGUGAGCACUCACGGAGAGAAGGCGAAGGCAUGUCGCUGGCAGCAGAGAUCCUGGCAGCGGCAGGACCCACUUCACCCAGAAGGUACACGCACAAGCGCAGGCCAGAUUCCUUAAAGAGGACAGAGAGCACAUCAUCAGCAGGGAGAGCAAGCACGAGCUCCUUGGACUCGCUACCGACUUCUCCCGUGCCACGGCGUAAGAGGCCGUCCCUACCCAGAGGCGAGUCCAGUCGAGACUCAUUGGCCGAGGCAGCAAGCAAAAAGAGGAUGACGGUGCUGCUCGAAGGCGAGAUGCCAGAAGAGGAGCGUAUAAUGGCUACCGAGGCCACAAAUGAGGACUCGGACCGGCAUGAUGAUCUCGAAUCGAGGUCGAAAGACUCACCCGUGCCGUCAACCAGAAAGCCGGACGACUCUCAUCCUGCAGCACAGCAGCUCGACCAGAAAACCCCAUCGGUAGCGGAUAGGAAAGAUGAGACGGAGAAGCGACUAGACAGAGAACACGGCGAUGAUGGCGGUGAUUCGAAUUCGGACGAUGUGGGCGACGAAGACGAACAGGGAAGCUCAGAAGACGACGACGAUGAAGAAGACGAAGAUGUUGAGCCAUCGCUCAAGUAUUCGCGCGUCAAAGGCGGCGUCAGCGACGUGCUCAAGCGCGACACUGCCUCUGCAUUCGCCCUCUCGUCCCGCUUCAUGGCACUCGGCACCCACGCCGGCAUGGUCUACAUCCUGGACAUCGAUGGCAACCUCGUCAAAGGCUUUCGCCUCCACACAGCAUCUAUUCUCGACCUCGUCAUCGACAAUACAUCCGAUUUUGUCGCUGCUGCCUCGAUGGACGGCCUCGUGUCCAUCUCUGCGCUUGCGACUGCAGAGCAGUACAUCUUCGACUUCAAGCGUCCCAUGAGGUGCAUUUCUCUCGAGCCCAACUUUGGUCGCAAAUCGUCUCGUGCCUUCGUAUGCGGAGGAAUGGCUGGCUCGCUCACGCAUAGAGAAAAGGGCUGGCUGGGUCACAAGGAGACGGUGCUGCAUUCGGGCGAGGGACCGAUUUGGACGACGAGAUGGAGGGGCAACAUGAUCGCUUGGGCCAGCGACAAGGGAGUUCGAGUAUAUGAUGCCGAAGCAAAGCAGAGGAUCAGCUUCAUCAGUCCGCCAAGCAAAGACGUGCGCGGAGAUUUGCAUCGAUGCUCACUUUACUGGCAGGACGACCGCACCCUGCUCAUCGCAUGGGCCGACCACAUCAAGGUGGCCAAAAUCAAGCAAAAGCAACCUGCUGGCGCUACAGGCUCUUCCAGCGCGAGCAUUGCUUCCAACUCAACGCAAAAUGCAGCAUCAGCGCUCAGCAAGGUCGGCGUCCCCGGAGCAAGUGCAGCUCAUCCGCAGUAUUACGUCGAGAUCACAGCCAUCUUUCAACUGGAUUGCAUGAUCUCGGGCAUCGCACCGUACGGACUGGAUUACCUCGUGCUCGCUUAUGUGACCGAAGAGCCGCAAGAGUCGGACGAUGAAGAUGACGAUCAAGAAAAUGGCUCGGUCUCCCGGGCGUUCAAACGCCGAGAGGCUCUGCGACCAGAGCUGAGAAUCAUCAGCCGUGCGGGCGAAGAGCUGAGCUCAGACGUUCUCAGUCUCAACGACUACUCGCGGUUCCAGUGCAACGACUACCUGUUGAUACCGUCGAUCGAGGCGCAUGCAUACUCGGCGGCACUGCUAGCUGGGCGCAAGGUGCGGCAAGCUUCGACAGAAGCACAGCAGUUCUACGUGGUCAGCCCAAAGGACAUCGUGGUGUCAAAGCCGCGAGACGAAAAGGACCAUGUCGAAUGGCUGCUCGAGCGACAGCGAUUCCAGGAAGCGCUGGUCAAGAUCGAAGCCAUGGGUCGAACUGCAGCGCUGCAGAACGGUUUUGAUGCGGAAGAGAUCGGCAAAAAAUACCUCAAUUGGCUUGUCGAGGAGGAACGUUACUCGGAAGCGGCACGCGUAGCCAGCAAGAUCCUCGGACGCAACGUGUCAGCGUGGGAAGACUGGAUCUUCCUGUUUGUCGAAAAGGGCAAGUUGGGUCUUGCUAUCCCGUUCAUACCGACGUCGGAUCCGACGCUCAGCGAGGUGGUGUACGAUAUGCUCCUCGCGCACUUCCUGCAACACGAUCUCGACAAGCUACUGGAGACGAUCAAGGAAUGGCCGAGCGAGAUUUAUUCGACUGCUGCGGUGGUGCUUGCGAUCGAAGAUCGGCUCAAGUCGGGGGAGGGGAGGAAGCCAGCGGGGAAAGAAAAGCUAUUGAUGGAGUGUCUUGCCGAGAUCUACAUUCGCAACCGACAACCGGGCAAAGCGUUGCAGUACUACCUGCGGCUGCGUCGAGCCAACGUCUUCGACCUGAUCCGCGAGAACAACCUCUUCACCGCAGUGCAAGACCAAGCUUUGCUGCUGAUCGAAUUCGAAGAAGACCUCAAGACGAGGCGAACGGUACAGGUUUCGAAACACGGUGCAGCCAUUGACCUGCUCGUCGAUCACACCUACUCGAUCCCGAUCGGUCGCGUGAUCGCACAGCUCGAAUCGCAUCCUCGAUACCUCUACAUGUACCUCGAUGCGCUGUUCGACCGGGACCCGCAGCAAGUAACACCGUUCUGCGACGUUCAAGUCAAACUGUACGCCGAGUACGAAGCGGGUCGUCUCAUGUCGUACCUACGCGCCAUGUCUUCGUUCUACAGCUUUGAGAAAGCCUACGCCAUCUGCGAAGAGCACGACUACGUCCCCGAGAUGGUCUUCCUGCUCGGAAGAGUCGGGGACAACAAACGCGCGCUGUCGCUCAUUAUCGAACGACUGGGAGACGUGGAACGAGCGAUCGACUUCGCCAAAGAGCAGAACGACGAUGAUCUUUGGGAGGAUCUCCUGGGAUAUUCGGAAUCGAGACCCGCCUUCAUCCGGGGUUUGCUGGAGAACGUUGGAGCAGAGAUCGAUCCAAUCCGUUUGAUUCGACGGAUCAAGAACGGGUUGGAGAUUCCCGGAUUGAAAGCGGCAUUGAUCAAGAUCCUGUCCGACUUUACGCUUCAGAUCAGUCUAUUGGAGGGGUGCGAGGCGAUCUUGAGUCACGAUACCAAGGUGUUGUCGGACGAGCUGAGGAGGUCGCAGCUGUACGCGAGCUAUGUGGACGACGAGUCUGUUUGCGCUAGUUGUGGAGCGAGUUUGUUUGCGAGCAGAGCGGGGGCAGGGGUGGGAGGGGGAAAGGGGGAUACGUGGACGCGGGCGAGACAGCCGAAGGUGGUGGUGUAUCUGUGUGGGCAUGUUCACCAUCUGACGUGUUUGUUGCCGACGGCGAACGUUCCGGUGGUGAGCGAGAAGGAGGGUGGAGGAGGGGGGAUGGAGAUCAAGUGUACGGUCACGCAGGCAUUUGCGGGAACACCGAGUAUCAGGCACAGGUGGAACAGGGUAUCGCACGUUGGAUUCGAAGCCGAGGAUGUGGAGGAUGGAGUGGAAGGAAUCGCACAGAAGGAAGGUGCGCCGAACCAGGUGUCGCAAACAUCGCUGGUGGAGCUGUCGAACUACGGACCGCUGCAACGUGCUCAAGAUGAGGUGGCCAACUUCCAGGCACGGUUGAGGUACGAAGCAAGGCUGCGAUCGACAUUGGUUGGCAAGAGAGGAUGUCCGACCUGUCGAAAGGACGGGUUGACGAUGCAGUAG